ACAACCAGGGGUGGACUGACCAUUUGGAAACUCAGGCACUGCCCGAGGGCCCGGGGUCAGUAGGGGGCCCCAUGAGAUGCCCCUGGUACCUUUUUCAUAGGCUUUUUUGAGUUUUGGCAAGGGCACAGGGGCCCCAUGAUCCCUUAUUGCCCGGGGGGUCCCAUGAGUUGUCAGUCCGCCCUUGUGCACAACACAUCUCAGUGCCGCCUAUCAGUGCCCAUCAGUGCCGCCUAUCAGUGCCCAUCAGUGCCGCCUAUCAGUGCUCAU